AUGGGCUGCACAGACAAUAUUCGUGCUUGGGAACUCGAUGCCAAUGAUCAAUGGCAUGCAGUUCAACCCAAAGAUGAUGAGAAACCUUAUAUUGCCCAACAGGUGUUGAUGCAACAACGGAUUAUUCCCACUACAGCCAUCUGCAACAGAAUUAAUCACGCCAACAGGUACUUUCACUGCAUGAAUUGCAUCGACCCAAUGCUUCGCGGCCAGAAUAAACUCCUUAUCUUGCGCUUUAAAAGUCUGAUAAGGCACAAUAUUGGGAUGAUGAUUACCCAUUCGUUGAGGUGCGAUACCUGA